ACCUGAAGCAUUAUGAUUGACGUAAUGAUAGUUGCCUAUCUAUCCGCACUUUCUGCGAUCUCUGCUGUCACUGUCAUAGUGCAAAAGCUUUGUUUUUGUAUUUGUGGUGGAAAAAACAUAUUGGAAAAACAUAAGAAAAUGUACAGAUUUCGAAUAUGACAGAUGGACCCUCUAACGACCAAAUUGAGCUCAACAAAAAUUUUCUGGAUGGAUUUCAUAACUGGCUGUACUGCAUUUGUGUUGUUACAUUCGACUUGGAAUUAGGACAAGCCUUGGAGGCUACUUAUCCUAGAAAUGUUGACCUGUCGAAGCAAGACAUUUCAAACAUAUGCUAUCUGGCUUUCCCAGACUCCAAUUCGGGUUGUAUGGGUGACACACAAUAUACAAUAAGACUGGAGACUAGUGGAAAUGAAAAAUGCCCUAAAGAUUACAGUGAAUACAAUUCCAAAUGUGCUAAACAUCUACAAGUAGACUGUUCCUACUUUUUGGGUUAUGUAUAUUUUCGGCAAGUUAAGGAUAUCACAUUGCCUAGAGGCUACUUACAGAAGAGUGUAAUUUUGCUGACUUUUCUUCCAUUCACAAAUUUGUUCAGCAAAAUAUGCACAGCAAUUGCUCAUGAGUAUUUUGAAAAUGGUCCAGAUUGUUUUCAAAAUAUAUGCUCAAAAAUUGGAGAAUGGCCAUUGCCUAUGCCAGGAUCCCUGAUAAACUUGAAUUUGUUGGACCAAGAUUUUCAGCUGUCCAAAUUGUGUAAUCUAGUGGUCAUUUGAACUGCAUAAAGAUAUGUUUUCUGCAUCUCUACAACUGAAUCUGGAAUCCAUUUAGUGGUGUUCCCUAUAUCAGCAACAAUUCUAGUUACUAUAAAAUGUGUUAUCAAAGAAUUUCCAAAAAUCCUUGCAUGUCUGUAUUCUGGAUGAAGACUGGCUUCCUAGGCAAAGCAAUGACAUUAAUUGACAACUACUCCAGACUUUUAAUUUUUUACUUUUAAGUUCGAGUACACGGCGUCUCAGAAUUUCUUAAUGAUCAUUUCGAAUUCAGCACCCCCCAGUUAUUUGAUAACACCUUGCACAUUAUCAUUAUCUUCAUGGCGCUAUAUACCUAAAAGUACUCUACCAAGAAUGGCUUACUUUUCAUUUUUUCAACAUAGGUAUAUAAUGUACUAUUUGUCUAUUUUUUCACCACAGUCAAAAUCUAGAAAAAUUGCAGUCUUAUUUAGCUGUAUUCAGAUUCCAAUUGCACAUGCGUUCUUCCAAAAUGUUCCCGCCCCUCCUUAUUUUUUAAUAGCUCAAGUUAGCAAGCUGACAUUCAUUUAUAUCGGUUUGUCAGUCAGUAUCUGUUGUAUAUAAUUGCGUCACAAGUACUGAGUCAAUUGACUUGACGAAAUAUUUAGAGAACCAUCACAGAUAGUGUAACACAAAUUCACGGUUAGGGAAAAUGGGUGGUACAGUUAAGGAUUCAGGAAAAUAUUUACAGGAUGUUCGGAAAAUAGACGUAGAUAUUUUAGAGGGUGAUUCCUUGUUAUGUGUUAAACAUCGGUCCGGUAAUCCAGAGUUUUCAAGAUACAGGGUGACAAAUUUGUUUUUUUUAUUUAUGGGGACACCUUAAGACGAUGGUUGACGCUACUCCCAUACAUACUACGAUAAUAUCCAAAUAUUGCUAAAAUAUAUAAAUAUUGCUCCUGUAGCGGUGUGUCAGUGACGACACCACCGCAGAUCGGUUGGAGUUUGUUACUCAUUGCACAGUGGCAGUGGUCUCCACGACGAUGCAGCAUCGCGCCGUGCUCGCAACGCCAACCGCUGCCAACUUAUUUCGAAUAGUGAACACAUCUUACAUCGGACUUUUAUCAUUUAAUUUUCUCGUUGUUCCCGGGAUCAGAAGCUUCUUAAUGAUAGAACGUCAUUGACUAAUACUACAGACGUUACAAUAAUUGCAACCCCCAAGUUUCAACCCCUACAAAAAAUAUCCGAAAAUGAUCAGGAGCUUCCAAAACGUCAAAAAACGAAAGUUAAACGAUUUACGCUCAAUUUUGACAACCCGCCAAUCCAAUAUUUUAAAAGGUAGUAAAUUUAAGUUUUAGGGUAUAAAGUACUGAUAAGAGGCUUCAAAAUGGAGAUAUCACAUUAAAUAUUCCAAUAUGGCACCUGGACGCUACCUUUGAACUUAAAACUUUUAUUUUUACAUUGAAAUACACUACUCAUGCAUCAUUAUUAGAAUAUUAGCUUGCUUACCUGAACCAUUCAAGAAAUAAGUAGGGAGCGAGGUUGAAAAGCACUGUGUCAUAUCGAAGAAAAUUUGCUUCCUAUGUAAGGAUGUGUAGAUUUCAAAUCUGACAUCAAUUUGACGCUGGAUGUGGCGAGUUGUCAGAUUCGAUAUACAACAAUUCAAAAAUAUAGCUUUUAAGAAGUAAUGUUUCAUCGUCACUGUUGCGACUCAAUCGAAUUUCAGCUCUACGUGCCAACAAGCGCCGAUUGUACAGUAAGUCCCUCCCUAGCAUUAGUAGGCGAAACAAAAGAUAGUAAUAUUCAAACAUGUAUAGAAGACUUCAAUUUAUUCGAAGUUAUGCAAUCAUUGUUAUCUCAUAUUCACUUGUUAUGGGAGUUAGUGAUAACUUCAGAACCCAUUGUGAUCAUGGCCUCAUCUCCCGCACAUUGCUCUUCUAUGGUGCUAGCAUUAACAAGGUAAGUACUACUAUUUCAAAAGCUGCGACAUUUCAAUUUUUUUCAUCAUACCGUAUCAUACUAAGAUCCUAUCCAGCGUGGCCUCUGCUAGUAUGCAUGGCGUAUGAUACCUGCUUGGUAAGGGUUCCAUUUCAAUGCAGCUGUUGACAUGCAGUGCCGUUAAAAGUUUUCCGACACUUGAUGAUUGAUAGUUGACAUCGAAAUGAUACAGCACUAAGUGCCGUCUAUUACCAGAAUCUACCUCUGCGAAAAUAACUAUGCUGAUGGCACAACCCCAGUAUAUAUUUUUUGUAAAGAAAAUGUU